CUUACCUAAUACGCCUGCGGGCUCGGAAAGCCCGCUUGCUUUACAUCAUAACAACUGCAGUUCGACCAAAUCAUUUCAAUUGUCACAAAACUCUGCUUUCAAUUUGGCUUUGCGUAACACGCCGGGAAAUUUUAACGCCGCUUUUCAAGCUGCCGUAGCCGCCGGUUUCAACGGGUUUCAUCAGCCUUUAUCGUCACCUUUGCCUCUCUAUCGUUUCAACGAGCGAUACGAAGAAAGUUCGGAUUUCAGUUCAACGACGACAACCACGGUUAGUUCCAACGAGCCACGUGACAAUAACAUGGAUUUGAUUAAUCCCUAUAUGCGACAUCACAAUUUCGCAGCGGCUGCAGCUGUAAGUCAAAGUAAUUCUCCGGCGGCUAACUUACUACAACGUAGCCCUCCUCUACCUCCGCACCAUCAAAGUCACAUAAGUAAUGGCUUUGCUGAUGGCGGACAAAUGGAUUAUCAAAAUCGCGAUCAUUUAUUGGAUUAUCAUAGUGCAGCUGUAGCAGCUUAUGCUGCGAACAACAAUAAUAAUAAUAAUAAUAAUUUAUCUUCACCUUUAAUGUUAUUAAAAAACCAUAACAACGAUAGCAGUAAUAAUAAUUACAGUUCUGAAAAGCUGCAUUCGGAGUCAAAGUCACCACGCUCUACCGAAGAUUCCUCCACGCCACCACCUUUGCUAACGAACGCAGAUCCAAACAAUGCUAAUAACAUAACGCUUUCUUCUUCCCGCCUACAAUCUGAAUCGCCGGACAAUUGUCAUACAUCUCACAAUCAAAGAUCACGAUACGAGCAAAAUUCUAGUCCCGACGUUGACAGUUCAAAAUCAUUUUCAGUAAGCCAGCGUUCCAGUGAGGAGGCAGGUAAUAACAGUGAAUCAAGUCCACCACCUCCAGAUUAUAGUCCAGAAAAUCUAUCCAGUCGUAAAUAUGCAAACGCCACGCAUCCAUUGAGUUUACACCACAGUCAAAAUAAUAAUAGUAUUGGUUUAGAACAUAAGCUGCCUUUAAGCUUUCUCGGUCCCCCACUGGCUGCUUUACACUCAAUGACCGAAAUGAAGUCAGCCACCGGCGGAGGAAAUUCUUUAAAUGGUACCUUUAGUGGAGUUAAUCAAAAUUCUCAUAUUAUUAGUAACGAGAGUCGUCAGAGCAACACAGCUACUACUAAUAAUUCAACAAAUCUUAACACACAAACUCAACCAGGAGCCGCCAAUCCUCAUGGUAUCGAUACAAUAUUGUCAAAACCACCACCGGUAACUUCAGCGGCAAGCUUAAGUGCUCUAGCCGGAGGUGGUAUACCGCGAUUUUCGAUAGCAGCGGCCGCAGCCGGAAUGGCUCAGUAUCUCUCCCAAAGUCAAGCAACACCUUUGAAAACUCAUCCCGGUCAUAUGGUGGAGAGAACGCAUCUCUACUGGCCUGGUCUUCAAGGGCUAGUAGCGAAUCCAAUGGCUUGGCGCGAGCGCUUAUCCAAUACAAUGUCCGCCAAUUUAUCGCAAUCCCAUCAGCACCAUCAAGCGAACGACAAGGAUGGAAAAAAGAAGCAUACUCGCCCAACAUUUAGUGGCCAACAAAUAUUUGCCUUGGAAAAGACAUUUGAGCAAACCAAAUAUCUGGCCGGACCAGAAAGAGCUAAAUUAGCCUAUGCCUUAGGAAUGACCGAAUCACAAGUGAAGGUUUGGUUUCAAAAUCGUCGCACCAAAUGGCGCAAACGGCAUGCGGCCGAAAUGGCUACAGCAAAACGUAAGCAAGACGAUAUGGGCGGCGAUAACGAUGGUGAAUGCAGCGAACCCAUGGAUAGUGAUAAUGAAAGUUUGGAUAUGGGUGAGAAUCCUGGCCAAAGAAAACGUAUUCGCUUAGACGAUAAUUAUAGACAUUAG